UCCCCCGCGCGCGCUUUCAGUGUUCCAUGAGCUUCCAUCGUGCAACAAGGUGAAAUCAACACUGUGUGCGUGUGUGUGUGCUUUUUUCUCGUCUCCUACCUUACCUAUAUUCGCGAACAGUCUGCGUUCACUUGGACGCCGUUAAAGUGCCUUUAAAUCAAUUUCUUUUCCCUUAAAAAACAAAACGAGAUUUUACAAAAAAAAUUAUAAUCAAGAUAAAAAAAUGGCGGACGACGGUCACGAGAAUGGAACAUCGAAUCAUGUUGUUCCCGAGAUCGAAUUAAUCAUUAAGGCAUCGACGAUAGACGGUCGCCGAAAAGGUGCUUGUCUCUUCUGUCAGGAGUACUUCAUGGAUCUUUAUCUACUCGCUGAAUUAAAGACAAUUUCGCUGAAGGUCACAACUGUAGACAUGCAAAAACCACCGCCAGACUUUCGCACCAAUUUCCAAGCGACGCCACCGCCAAUUUUAAUUGAUCGCGGUGACGCUAUUCUUGAGAAUGAAAAAAUUGAACGACACAUCAUGAAAGUUAUUCCAGGUGGACAUAAUCUUUUUGUUCAGGACAAGGAGGUUGCCACAUUAGUGGAGACAAUUUUUAGCAAGUUGAAAUUGUUGUUAAUUUCAAAAGAUAAGGAUGUUGAUCCAAUGAAUUCAUCGUUGAUGACACACCUACGUAAAAUAGAUGAGCACCUUGGACGAAAGGGAACACGAUUUUUGACAGGCGACACAAUGUGUUGCUUUGAUUGUGAAUUGAUGCCGCGCCUACAGCACAUCAGGGUCGCUGGGAAAUAUUUCGUUAAUUUUGAAAUUCCCGAGACUUUGGUACACCUUUGGCGGUAUAUGCAUCAUAUGUACAGGCUCGAUGCAUUUCUACAAAGUUGUCCCGCUGAUCAGGACAUUAUUAAUCACUAUAAACUACAACAGAGCAUGAAGCUGAAAAAACACGAGGAACUCGAAACGCCGACGUUCACAACCAGCAUUCCUAUUGAAGUGAAUGAUGAUUAAAAAUUAAGUUCAACAUUACUUGAGUCUUCAAACACAUCAAGAAGAUCGACAACAUCAUCGACAAAAAGCGCAGGAUCGAAAUUUUCUCGUCGUCGUUGUUGUCGAAUCUUAAAAAAAAAGAACUUCUUUUCCUGUUUUUUCAUUUCAAAUGUAAAACGCGGUCCAAUCUUUACUAGCUUCUUUAAUUUUGUUACAUAAAUGAAAAAAAGUAAUUCUCAAGUGAGAAUUUUUCAAUCUCUAAACGAAAUGAAAAUGACCUAAUUUUUCGCUAAACGCAUAUUUUUACGUAUCGCUUCUACGUAAAAUCGUUUUUUUUUAAAACAAAAUAUCGCCUAAGAUUUUCAAUAAUCGACAAUAUUUUUCUAUAUUAUAUCACAACAAAAAAGAAUGCGUAUCCGUCCUGAAUGGAAUUGAAUUCCAAGGCAAUUUGAAAGCGAAAAACAAAAUGAAUUUUGCAUUAAAAGAAAAUUGUAGGAUUCUUGUUUUGUGAAAAUGUAACCGGUUUUAAUCAUUUUUCUUAGAAUUGUCAAAAAACGUAGAAUAUUUUUUCAAAAAUAUGUUUCGACGCUUUAUAAAAAAAUUAAUGUAGACAGAAUUUUUUUUUAUUAGG